GGCCGGGACAAGGAUGGCAGGAGCAGCACGGAGUCGCCCACCGCCUCGCCCAAGUCACCGCCGCGGCGGCCGGCCAACGCCCGCGCACAGAAGAACGCGCUCAUACCCAGGUUCCACUUCCCGCACGGCCGGCCCGAGAGCCGGGAGAAGCUGGAGGCGCAGCUGCAGAAGAUCGCGCAGGCCUUCUCCUCCUACCCGGGCGGGCAGGUGCCCAAAGACAAGUUUGCCGCCAUCGCCAAGGCGUGCGAGCUGCCGCUCUACUGGAAGGUGCCGCUGUUCCUGGCGGCCGGCGGCGAGAAGACCGGCCACGUCACCGCCACCGCCUUCCUCGACUUCUGGAAGAGGCUGCUGGCCACCUCACACGACCAGGCGUCGCGCUUCGUGCGCGUGCUGACCGGCGGCCUGCGUAACCACCUGGUGCCCGAGGACCUGGUGCCGCUGGUGCAGGAUGUGGUCGAGACGCACCCGGGCCUCAACUUCCUCAAGGAGGCUAUCGAGUUCCACAGCCGCUACGUGCACACGGUGAUCGCGCGCAUCUUCUACUGCGUCAACCGCUCGUGGAGCGGCCGCAUCACAGUGCCGGAGCUGCGCCGCUCCAACCUGCUCAGCACGAUCCAGCUGUUGGAGCAGGAGGAGGACAUCAACCAGAUCACAGACUAUUUCUCGUACGAGCACUUCUACGUGAUCUACUGCAAGUUCUGGGAGCUGGACAAAGAUCACGACCUGCUCAUAGACAAGUCGGACGUGGCUCGGCACAACGACCACGCCGUCUCGUCGCGCAUCAUCGACCGCAUCUUCAGCGGCGCGGUGACGCGCGGCAGCGCGCGCAGGCAGGAGAAGAUGACCUACAUGGAGUUCGUGUGGUUCCUGCUCUCGGAGGAGGACAAGAAGCACCCGACGGCCAUUGAGUACUGGUUCAGGUGUAUGGACCUGGACGGCGACGGCUUCCUCUCCAUGUACGAGCUGGAGUACUUCUACGAGGAGCAGCUGCAGCGUAUGGAGGCGCUCGGCAUGGAGACGCUGCCGUUCGAGGACUGCCUCUGUUGGAUGCUGGACAUGGUCCAGCCCGAAACACACGGCAAGAUCGCGCUCAGCGACCUCAAGCAGUGCCAGAUGGCCAACAUCUUCUUUGACACGUUCUUCAACCUGGAGAAGUACCUGGAGCACGACCAGCGCGACCCGUUCGCCAUGCAGCGGGACGGGGAGCCCGGCCAGCCGAUGUCGGACUGGGACCGGUUCGCCGCCGAGGAGUACGAGCUGCUGGUGGCUGAGGAGGGGGCGGCCGAACAGGAUCCCGAAUUCCUGUACGAGGAGGACGGCGACCAGGAGUCGGAGCCGCUGGAGCGGCUGAGCAUCACGGAGCCGGUGCGCACGCCGGCCCGGCCGCGGCCCGACGCUGACGACGACUAUGCCGAGACGGACGCCGACUACACCUACAUCUCGGACGCGCCCGCCCACGCCAAAGUGGUGUGAGCGCGGCGCGCCACCGCAGCCAGCGAACAAGCGCGGCAGCUGGCGCCGGCGCUAUUUAUACGAGGACUGGCGCGCCGGUGGCCGGCCACCGGUGCGCACGUGCGGUCGCUUAGCGACGGCGAGUCGUGUGACGCGCGGCGCGCGAGCUGUGAUUCCGGCAGGCCGGCCGACCGGCCAGUGCGGCGGCGGCCCGCCGCGAGACGGAUCAACGGGCGGCGAACCCUUCCGGCGAGACAGAUCAAUUGCGGCCGGGCGGUGUCAUGUGUCGAUCGCC